GUACACUCAUUCCUUUCAAACCGAAACAAACCCACAUCGAAGUAAAACGACGACUCCUUCUGCGUUUUCAUCCUCCGCUUCGAACCUCUUCGUCUUCAUACCUGUACGUUUUCUGUAACAUUGAUUUCACUACCGGAGCUUCACUUGAAUCUUAGGAACCAUGGCUAGUAAAGCCGAAGAUCGCAAGGAGCCAGUAAAUGAACAGGCAGUUGCAAAUAUGUAUGCAGCAAUGAGGUCAGACCUCAACCAAAUUUACACCAAAAUAACUGAACUGGAGAUGGAAGUUAGCGAGCACUCGUUGGUUCUUAAUGCCAUUCAGCCGCUUGACCAAUCUAGACGAUGCUAUCGAAUGAUCGGAGGGGUGCUUGUGGAAAGAACCAUCAAAGAGGUCUUGCCUGCUGUGCAGCGAAAUAAAGAAGGACUUGAAGAGGUUGUUGCACGGCUCAACGAGACACUGGAAAAGAAGAAAAAGGAAAUUGCUGAGUUUGAGACUAAAUAUAAAAUCAGGAUGAGGAAAGCCGACGCUGAGGUGAACGAUGAAUCUGGUAAGAAGGAAGGUUCUGCUCAAGGAGUACUUGUUGGCCCUGCAGGUGGUGGUGAAUGAUAUUUCUAAUCUUUUCGGUUUCCUGAAAUGAAUGGCAUGAAAUUUUCUGCCCUCUCAUACAGUUAUUAGUUGUGGCUGUAUGAUGGUUGUUUUUGUAGAGGAAUUAGAGUCUAAAACUUGAUAUGAUCUUCAUUUUAAUUGCUUUCAGCUGAAGUAAACUUAUCUUCUAUGGUUCAAGAUUCAAAUACUGGUGUAGAUUUUUGUAUACACUAAAACAUAUAAUGAUAUUAUCUAGAUUAUAUUGUGAUGUAGAAGAAGCAUAUUUUGUUUUAACAGUUUCUUUUCUUU